AUGCAGUGGUACAAUACUGCAACUGGGUGUGCUCAUGUUCAUCCAUGUAUACACGGCGAUUUGACAGAAAUAGUUCCUGAGGGGAGCUUUGACACAGGGGCAAACUUUGAAACACGUGCAACUCAAAUAGAUCGCGCUGAUUUCUGUGCCGAUCAGUGGUGUUUUACGCAUGGUCAAGACUGCCCGGUUUUCCGGAAGGGUUGUCGGGUAGCUGAACCUGAUUUUGACCUAAGCGGACUUCCAUGCCCGGACCAUUCCAGGGCAGGCAACAGGGCGUAUGAGGAGGGUACCACAUCAUCUGUGUUCGCAUGCCAUGCGAAGAUGCACGUGCACUAUCAGACUCCAAUGCUGUGCAUCGAGAAUGUCUGGGACCUGGCAAUGCCAAUGAUUCACAGGCUCUAUGGGAAGCACUACAACAUCCAUCCGAUUUACGCUACCCCCGGCGACCAGGGGCACUCCGGGGUUGCACGGGACAGGGUGUAUGUCAUUUUGACUCUGAAGACAAAGGUCGUUCCCAUCACUGAUCUUCAGCUCCUGUAUGACAAAGUGUCAGAGUACGUACAAAAAUAUAUCUGCACAAAGCCUUCAGAUUACCUGGUGUCCUCAAAGCUUGACCUUCUGGUUGAAGCACGCAAGACUGCAACGUGCAGACAGAUUCGUCUCCGACCGGUACGUGAUGGACCUUACUCCAUGAAAUACCUUCUGAACCAGCGUGAACUAGACUGUGUCGAUUUUGCUUCUCAGAAAUACAGUGAGCGUUUUCCUGGCAAGCGGCUUCAAGAUGAUCCGGAUGUUUUCCUGUUUUUAGGAGACAAUGCACGGAACCGCUUGACAUGGUCUGCAGUCAGCGGCCGCAUACCCACCUUUAGAACGGGAGGUGGGCGAAUGUAUCAUCCUCACACACAAACAUGGAUGGGUCCUAAGGACCGUUUAGCUGCACUCGGUUUCCCUGUAAACGAGGAAACUGCUUCUGCGAUGGGGGUGCCCAUCUUACCGAUUGCUGACAAUCUACGGGCCGCGUCCGUCGCUGGAAACAGCUUUCAUUUUAUGACAGCUGCUGUGAUUCAGCUAGUUGCCCUGAGCAGCUUCAAGAUGCGUGACUGA